AUGGUUGCAAAUAGUCAAACAUUAAAUAAAUUGAUUGAUAAUUUUACAACCACUGACAUUUAUCGUUUUCCAAAUGAUGAAAAUUCAAAGCGUGAGUUUUAUGAUACUAUAUCUAAUGAACAAAUUGAAGUAUUUAAUAAAAGUAAACAUCCAGGUUUACGUGGUUUGAUAUGUAAAACCGAUUUUAAUGUUGGAUCAAGUAUUAUGGAGUUGAACACAACUGCAGUGGUUUUUUACAAUGAUAAUUCACCAAUUCCAAGUUUUAUUAAAGAGUAUGAAAACCAUUUGAGCUCAAACUUUUCCACAAAUAAAGAAAUCUUAAAUUUAACCGUUCGAUGUUUAUUGAUUUACUUGGAAGAUUCUGAAUUCAGAAAUAAAUUUAAUAACUUAUGUACUCAUCAAAAAGAAAUUAGAUUAAAUCAUGAUAUGAACUCAAUUGUGGAAAUAUUAAAACAACCAAUUGUAACUAUAUUAUCCAAAUUCUUUAAACAGUAUAACAUAACAAAUUCAAAUGUUUCAUAUAAAAGUUUCAAAUUUAUAAAUGACAUAAUUUCAAUUUUGUUGAUGAAUUAUUCAAGUUUAUAUAAUUAUGAAGAAUCAAAUAUUGGUAUUUAUCUAGAUCCAAAUUUUGCAUUAAUAAAUCACAGUUGUAUGCCAAAUAGUUUCCAAUUAGAAGAAAAUGGAAAAUAUCUAUUAAUCAAUAGUUUACCAAUGAAAGUUAAUGAUGAGAUUACCGUUACAUAUGUUAAAUUAGGAUUACCUAAAGAAAUCAGAAAAUUUCAAUUAAAUUCCAGAUUCUUUUUCAAUUGUCAAUGUCAAUUAUGCAAAUUAAAUUAUGAUCCAUUUUUUAAAUUACAAUGUGAUAAAUGUGGAGAUAAAAUUAAAUCAUCAAGCUUACAUGGAAUUUUAGCAACUCCAAAUUUUAUAAUGAAACAAGAUAGAUGCUUAAAAUGUAAUAACCAAUUGAAUAUGGAUAAGUAUUAUAAAAACUUAGCAAUUCGAAAUUUUUUUAUUUCAAUGUUCUUUCAUGGCGACCAGUACAUGGAAUUAAAUGAUGAGUUAUAUUUUAAAGCUGUAUCAAAAGAGUUAUUAAGAUUAGUUGACACUACAGCAAUUAAAAUUUGUAUUAAAAACUUAUCAAAUUCUAUUGAUGAAUUCAAAAUCCCUGAAAAUCGAGUAAACUUAACUCAAGAAUUGAUGGAACAAAUUCUAAAUGACAAAAUUUUCCCCUUGUAUACUUUUCCAUUCAAUAAAAUUAUUUUUGACUUAAUAAACAAUGAUGACAUAAUUGAAAAAUUAAAAUAUCAAUUAAGAUACCAGUUUUUAGUUAAUAUACCAUCUGAUUUAUCCAAACAACUAAUCUUUGAUGAAUAUUUAUACAUGGAUAUUGCUGAAAUGUUACAUUAUUUAUUAAACCAAAAUCUAACAUUUAUUCCAAUCGAAUACUUGUGUCAAUGCUGUUAUUUUUUAUAUAAACAAGUUAAGUCAACUUAUGUUGAAGACCAAUUAGUUGACGUGCAACGAGUUCAUCCAGAUCUUCCAAAAGUUUCACCCCAUGAAAGUCUUAAAAAAUUAUUUAAAUUUGCCAAUGUUAAUUUAAUUUUCGAAUCCAAAAAUGAAUCAUAUUUAAUUCAUAAUGCAUUAGGUGAAUUAGUUCCAAUAUUUUAUACUUCUGACUCAGAUGAUUGUUUAUAA